AUGUCGUCAAUUAAAGUUGUCGUUACCUGGAGUGGAAAAAACUUUGAUUUAGAAAUUGAAGAAGAUGAUUCGGUUGAUUCCAUUAAAGCUAAAAUGUUCAGUUUGACAAGUGUAGAACCUUAUAGACAAAGACUAUUAUUUAAGGGCAAACUCUUGACGGAAAGUUCUGAUUUAAGCACUUUGAACAUCAAAGAGGGCAGCAAAUUAAUGAUGAUGGGAACGACUGGUGAACUACCAACGGAGCCAAAAGAAAGAACUUUAUUCUAUGAAGAUAUGACAGAUAAGCAACUGGCCGAAACCUUGAAAUUACCGUCCGGUCUUGAAAAUCUUGGUAAUACCUGUUACAUGAAUGCCACCUUGCAAUGUCUUCGAGCUAUUCCAGAAUUGCAAGAAUCACUCAAUAGUUUUACAGGUAGAGAAUCGGAUGCCAAUAUCUUACAGAGAAAUCUUACGACUUCUUUACGUGAUCUGUAUCAUCAAAUGGAUCAAACCACUGGACCUUCCUCUCCGCAAAUUUUUCUAGAGGUGCUUAGAAGUGCUUUCCCUCAAUUUGCUCAACGUAAUGCUCACGGAUUUAUGCAACAAGAUGCUGAUGAAUGUUGGUCUCAAAUCAUAACUAGUUUGAAUCAAGCAAAUGUUGCUAUACCUAAACAAGAUCCUAAUUCAUCAUCAAUAGGAGGAUCAUUUAUUGAUCGUUAUAUGAAAGGAGAAUUUACUUCAACCCUUAAAUGUCUUGAAGAUCCCGAUGAAGCGGAGGUUGUUACUAAGGAAGAAUUUUUUACUUUAAAAUGUCAUAUCACAGUACAAACAAAUUUUAUGCAAAAUGGAAUUAUGCAGGGCUUAGAUGAAAAGAUCGAAAAAAAUUCUCCUACAUUAGGGAGAAUGGCAACGUACAGUAAAUCUUUACGUGUAAACCGGUUACCAGCAUAUCUUACAGUACAAUUUGUAAGGUUUUAUUGGAAAACCGACCGUAACAUUAAAAUUUUACGUAAAGUAAAAUUUCCAAUGGAAUUAGACGUUACAGAUAUUUGUACUGAUGAAUUAAAAAACAAAACGUUACCUCUUAGGAACAGUUUACUUGAAUUGGAAAAAGAAAGAGCAAGUUCAAAGCGAAAAGCAAAACUUGCAGCGAAUGAUAGUAAUCAAAAUACAACAGAUUCAAAAAUUGAGGAAACAACAAAUGUAGAAGAACUUGAAAAACUUAAAAAACUUAUUGAUCCUGAAUUAGCUAAAGACGUUGGAGCUAAUGUAUCAGGAUUAUAUGAUCUUUGUGCGGCACUUACUCAUAUUGGAAGAUCAACCGAUUCCGGACAUUACAUUGGGUGGGUUCGUAAAGAAAAUUCUGGUACGUAA